CAAUACAGUUCGUUUCUGCUAAAUUAGUGUAAUAUUUUUAAGCAGUAAAAUUUGUGCACUACCAAAAUACUGAAAAAUUCUUUUGAUCUCAAAAUUUAUUUAAAAAAAACGCUUUCUUUACGGUCAUGGAUACAUCGGGGUGCAGUAUGUCGGGCUCGAUGCGAACGCGUACUUCCAUGGGCUCGGAGUCGAGUGUCGGCGACUCUCCCAGUGGCAACAGCACUUCCUCGGGAGUCAGUGUAUCGGACUCGGAUCGAUGUCCGCCCAACUGUGAUCGCGAUUGCUGCCAAGGGGGCAUAAACCGACCUCCGUACGCCAAAGUUCAUCCGGAGGACAGGAGCUGUGUCCUGAAGUUCCUGCUAAAACGCUUCGAGCAGUCUGAGGACGAAGUAAGCUCGCUGGGCUUCAGCGAAUGCACUGCGGUGGAGAACUCCGACUGCAGUCUGCUGAUCUUUUGCACGGACGAACACUCAAAGGAGUGGAUCAUCAAGGAAACUCAAGCGAUUUGUCCGCCCUUCAAAUGCACAUCCUUCAUUCGCCACUUCGUAUUGGUGAGGGUGUCCUUUGUCAUACCAAUAAUGACGGAGGAGAGGCGACUCUGCAAGAUCUUUCUUCAGUUUGAACGAUACAACGGUUUGAACACCGGCAAGUGGUGUGUCGUGAAUCAAAUACCACUGGAUCCUUGCAGCCCUGAUUACGAGUCUAAAGUGAUUUUCCCCGAAGCGGAGCACGUUGAAAUCGUGGCCUACAUAGACCCAGAUAGUGUUAAAAUUAUAAAGGAGAAUUGCUCCCAGAUACGUUACCUAGUCCACCACCUGCACGUGGACUUUUGCCCAAAAAUGUAGACCGUCUCAAAGAACUGGAACUAGAAGGCAUAUCUUAUUCUAUAGUUAUUUGUAUAGUUUUGUAAAAUUAUGUACGCACAUCCAGAAAAGAACUGAUGAGUAUUAAUGGCUGAUUUCCCUACUGCGAAGCCAAAAUAAA